AACGCCAUUUAUUCAAAAGCAAACAGCAACGGCUCGAGUUCAGAUCGUAGGUAGAGAGCAGAGAUUUUCGUUUUAUAAGAAUUUUAUUUAUUAUUUUAUUUUAAAGAAAACACCUACGUUUUCACAAAAGUGCAAUCAACGAGAAAUAUCGAAAAGAAUAGUAACAAAUAGAAAUAAUUAACAAUUUUUGUGUGUCAUUAAUGUAAUCAAGUAACAAAAAGAAAAAACUUCAAAUAAAUUUGUGUGUUUGUCGAGCCUGAACAAAACGUCUCUGUAUUUGUGUGUCAGUUUUUAUUCUCCUCGAAGAAAAUUCUGGGAAUAAAAACUUUCAAUUAAAAUAAACGAAGAAAAAAGCGAUCGAUUUCAGUAAUUAUAACAAAUUCUAAAGAGGAUUCUAUAGAAUACAAAACAAAAACUAGACAAAAAUGGUUGGAACAACUGUUUUAAAACGUGUCGAUGAGAAUGAGUCUGCUGCUUUCAAGCAAGUUAAAAAAAUUGGUGUCUCCACAACAGAGGUCACAAAAAGAGCCGCAUUAGGAGACCUACAAAAUCGUGGUGUCGUACGGACCAUUACCGCCAAGGAUGCAGCACAAAAGGACCUGAAGGAUACAAAACUUCAAAAUGCGUUGCGUGCAACCAAGGCUCGUGUGGAUACCCAUUGGAAGAAGACCACAACAACGACCACAGUCGGCGGUGCUACACGUACAAAUGUUGCAACCGGCGAAAUGGCACCUACUGCUGCCGCAGCCCAGCGUAAAGUAUUAACCCGAUCCAAUUCGGUGCGUUUGGGCACCACAACCACCACCGGAUUGGGAGGACUGCAACGACAUGCAUCGGCAAAUUCGCACUUGCUUGUCGGGCAUAAUAAAGUUAAGACGCUGACCACAAAACUGGUCGAAAAUAAAGUGCAACAAGUUAAAAUUAUCAACAAAACAACCAACAAGACUGAAACGGAUGUCACCGUCGAACCUUCUCUACGUCGUGAAGAUAGCAAUUUAUCCCGUAAAUCAUUAACAAAAAUCAAGGCUGCCAUAACACAAAAUGCUGCUACAACCAAACCAACACUGGUCAAAUCGCAUUCGGCAGCUGCCACAUUAAGCCGUAAGGAACCAGUUGUCAAGACCACCGAAACAACAGCUACGUCCACCAGCACUAAGUCCGCCGAUAAUAAACUGAAAAUUGUCAGUGUUCAAACACACUCAAGCAAGCUAUUGGACGAUGUUAAGGACAUAGAUGAAGGCGAUUCGGAAAAUUUGGUUUUGGUCUCAGACUAUGUAAACGACAUCUAUUCGUACCUUUUCAAAUUGGAAGCCGAGCAGCCAGUUGCCAAAAAUCACUUGGAAGGCCAGGCUGAGGUCUACGCCAAAAUGCGUGCCGUUCUAAUUGAUUGGAUCAACGAAGUUCAUACUCAGUUCCAUUUGGCCGCUGAGACAUUCCAAUUGGCUGUGGCAAUAAUUGAUCGUUAUUUGCAAGCUGUUAAGGAUACUAAACGAUCACAUUUGCAAUUGGUUGGUGUUACCGCAUUGUUCAUUGCUGCCAAGUAUGAAGAGCUUUUCCCACCAGCCAUUGCUGAUUUCAUCUAUAUCACCGAUGAUACCUAUACUGGCAAGCAAAUUCGUCAAAUGGAAUUGCAAAUAUUCAAGGCUUUGGAUUGCAAUUUGUCGCGACCAUUGCCCAUACAUUUCUUGCGCCGUUUUUCCAAAGCUGCUGAAGCUGAAGACAAUCAUCAUGCCAUGUCGAAAUACUUUUUGGAAUUGGCCAUGAUUGAGUAUGAUAUGUCCCAUUAUAAGCCAUCCGAAAUUGCUGCCGCCUCACUGUUCCUCUCCCUAAAUCUAUUGAAAGAAAAUACCAACAUGGCCACCGGUUUGAACAACAAACAUUGGAACUCGACCUUGGAAUGGUAUUCACGUUACUCGCCGGAGCAUUUAAGACCCAUUGCCAAGAAAAUUGCCACUGUGGCUCGUAAUGCACCAAAUGCCAAACUGAAGGCUGUGUAUACCAAAUAUCAAGCUUCAAAAUUCCAAAAAGUCUCCACACGUUCCGAAUUGUAUAGUACUCUAAUGGAUUCCAUCGUUAGCAGUAAGGAGUAGAUAUAACAAUUGUAGUGGUUGACUUUUUCUUUUGUUUGUAAUAUUCUUCUUUCAAACACAUACAAAAGGGAGUGAGAAAAAUUUCAUCGAAAGAAAUUUUAGUCCAUUUAAUAAUGUUAAUAAAUAUUAACAAAUUUGUGUCAUAAAACAAUUGUAUAAGCAAAUUACAUAA